ACAAAACCUGAGUGGCAUCGAUGAGCGCAAUAAUUUAACAUAAGCCCCACCCAAUAUAUUUUCAGUCAAUCAGGAAACAAUAGUCUGUUGGUAGAAACACUGUUAUGGAAACAUUAACACAAAAUAAUGUGUAAGCCAAUGAAAUGCUGUGGAAUCACUUGGAAUAUGUUUAUGUAAAAAUAUUCUGUGCCUGGAGCUUAACAAAACUCCUUCACUAUUUAAUGCAUUGCUGAUUAAUCUUGGAUUAUAGCAUCCCUUAGAGAUGGCAGGAUCUGCUGAUUGUUGGUUUGACUUACCCCAAUUUUCAUCCAGGUUCGUUAGCACCAUAUCCAUGCUUGUGCAUUCUCCAUGGUGGUGACCUAGAUCAUUGCACUUCCCUUCCACUUCAAGCGAAACAAAUUUAUGUUGCAUAAAUAUGUCGUGAUUUAAUAAACUUUCCGAGUCAUGUGAUUCUUAGGUAUAAGGUAAUAGUUUUAAUAUGAAUAGCAACCUGACACAUGGCAUUCUAGGAAGUCAUGAUUUUUGUUUUCUUUAUCAGUGAAAGCGUCAAUACCUACGUCACAUGUCUACACAUUCUAUCAGUAGAUUUCCUGUUGAUCUUGUUGGUAGUGUACAGUGGCUAUACCGUCUUCAUUAGUGAUUAUCAUCAACCAAAAUGCGUCUCUUUAAACGCAUCGUUUGGGCAACACCGAAAAACAUGGAACCUAUAUCGUCCGCUGUGAAGGGUCAGCAGAGGAAAUCUCGGAAGGGGUGGCUGCUGAAGAAGGGUGGGAUGAUGAAGAUCUGGCAUCGAAGAUGGUUUGUCCUCACGGACAAGAUGCUAUUUCAGUUCAGCAGAGAAGACGAUAUUAAGCCACAGAGCUCUUACUUCUUGACAUCUGGUAGCCAUAAAGUCACCGAGCAUGCUGUCAGUCCUGACGAGCCAGAGAAAUUCUGCUUUGAUCUUGUACCAGGUCCGAGACUUGAGACAGGCAGUGGGGAGACUGUGAUGCUGUGUGCCAGUACUGGAGAAGAGAGGCUAGGCUGGGUGAAGGAUCUCAGAUAUGUGCUCUAUGCUGACAUAGGUGGAGCCAUAUUUGGUCAGAACCUGGAGGAAGCGAUGAAGUUCACCCACAGUGAGGGGAAGAAGAUCCCAGCCAUCAUAGAGAAGUGUGUUGAGUUCCUCUACGCUAAUGGACUGGAAGUCGAGGGAAUCUUCAGGUUACCAGGCCGUACAUCCCUAAUAAGAGAACUGAAAGAGAAAUUUGAUUGUGCUGAGGCCGUGUCCUUUGAUGUGCUUCAACCCGAUGUCAACAGCGUGGCCUCUUUGCUGAAGCUGUACUUCCGAGAGCUGCCCGAAUCCAUCAUCCCCUGUAAAUUGUACCAGCGGUACAUGAACCAUGCGCUCAGGUUCAUUGAUGCCAAGAAUGAAGAAACCAAGGACAAAUGUGUAGCCGAACUACAAGGUGCCAUGCCCGACAUGCCUAAGGACAAUUACUGCAUCCUGAAAUACCUAUGCAAAUUUUUACAUGACAUUGGUGAAAAGAGUGACAUCAACAAAAUGACUGUAAAUAACCUGGCGACGGUAUUUGGUCCUAACAUCAUCCGACACAUGGAUGAUAACCCAGAACUGUUCAUGGUCACUGCAGACCUCACCCAGAAGCUUGCCUACAUGAUGAUCAAGAAUUUUAAAACUGUAUUUACAUUGGAGUACAGGGAGGAUGGGAAUAUUAACGUGCCCGAGGCCGACCUGCUGAGGUUGUCCACAUGGGAUGCCAACCCAGUGCUGAGUCCUCAAGCGGCCUCCACCAAGUCUGACCAUCGGUCUGCCCUGCACGAUCUGAAGUCUUUGGACUUGGCAUUUGCUGAUGAAGUGUUUGACCAGCUUGCCCAGAAUAGUCAGUCACCAAAUAGUCCUGGGAGUCCGUUUGUGUUUGUGGAAAAUAAAACUGGUAGUGAGAAUUAUACUCUAGGUUUUGACCCGUUGAAUAUUCAUGUUGAAAGGCGAUCAAACACUCUUGGUGCACGUCCAAUUCCUCCCAAACGAAAGUCUAAGAUAGCUCGUGGUAGAAGAAUAAGCGAAAGACGACCAGGUAGUGACAGUGAAAGCAAGUCUCAAGAAGAUCCUUCCCAAAGGCUUUCAGAUAGUAUUAAAGAAGCCUUAGAUCAAAGACAUGAAACACCAUGCCCGAGAGUGUACAGUAAUGGCACAUCAUCACACAUGAACAAUAACACGUCUGCUAAAGUAGAAGCAGAUGGCAAACUGCAGCCAUCCGAGGCUCAUCUGCUGGCUCAGAGUGAGGCUCUAAAGAUGGAGCUGGUGAAUACAAAGACCCGCUAUGGGGAAACGUUGAAGAAGUUCCAGGCUGACCUGUCCGCGUUGAAAGACAGAUAUGAGAAAAGGAUCGAUACAAUGGAAGCCAUGAUCAAAUCACAAAACUCAUGUCUGCAGAAGGAGAAGAAGGAUCGGGCAGAGGCUGUAGAGAGAGUGGUGAUUCUUCAGGCACAGUUACAUGAGUAUCAGAUGCAGUAUGGUGAGAUACAGCAUAAAUAACAUGGAAUCUCUUCUCCUCAGGGGACAAACACCACACUUGCUUUGGAUGUGGAGUGAAAAGGGUAUCAUCGGGAUCAAAUGGAUUUCUUCAAGGGACACACAAACAUACCGAUCCUUUGCCUGAUAGUCCUUUGAACUCCCAGUGAACUGACUGGAUCAGUUGGGGACAUGUCCUGCGGUACUACCAGAGCAAGAACAGUGGAAAGUGUGGUGCUUUUACAGUUUCAGCUACAGUUGUAGGAGAUGCAGCAUGGAGAGAUUCAUCUCCAUUAUCACUGAAUGGUCAGAGAGUUGGCCAUAAACCUAACUCACUUACUUGCUCACUUCACAUGGUCUUUACCAUUGAUGGGUGUCUGUGUUCAAACAGCUGGUUCUGAUGGAGGAUUUCACAGCAUUUUACAGUGAUUUCACACUAUUUCACAUGGUGUUUCUGAAUUCAUGGAGAGCCUGGUAAUGCAAGAUUGAAUUCUGUAGUUGCAGAAUUCAGCAAAUUCUGUAAUUCAUUGCAUUUGUGCCUUGAAGAAGUUGUUGCGGUGUGGCAUGGAGUUGCUGGUGAUGUGCUGAUAUAAACGUGGUGUGCAUCUUGUGUCUGUUAUGUAAUGUCUACUGUCCGUUACAUGUUCAAAGGCAGCUGUGAGGAUACGGUUAAGCUUUGGACGUCUACUCUUGCCAAAUUUUUGGAGAAGGUUUGAUGAUUCACAACACCAUGAGUUGGAAAGCCAGAACCAAUAUUGUAUUGAACAUUCAAAGAAAUAUCUGAGAAUAAGAUUUUGUGCUGUUUGAGAAGGUUAUGUGGCCGGUGUUGACUAACAACACGUAAUAUGGCCAUGAUUUGACACUUACUUGUUGUGUGUCUAUCUACAUGCUACCAUCCAAGUCACAUAUAUUAAUUUCUUGGUUUACUGUGGACAGCUAUUCAUUCUUACCGGUAUUCUAUCUACUCGUAAAUAUGUUAUUGAGCCAGAUAAAAUUAUUUCCUUGUUUUACUUUGAGCCUACCCUUAUUUUUUCAAAUAUUAACAAACGUAAUGUGCUUCAUUGAAAAUAUAGUUCUCCUUCUUUCUAUAUUUUUUUCAUUUUGCCUUCAGCCAAGAAACAAGAAAUUUAAUUUAUGAUUAAUAAAUGUAAGUUGAGUACCGUAUUCGACGUAAUAAGCGCCCCGCACUAAUAUGCGCCCACAGCAAUAUUUGCAAGUGAACAAUCCCAAUUAGCACCCCUUCCGAUUGAUCAAUGUACGCAAGACUUAUUUGUU